AUGUCGUCUGCUACGCAGAUCGCUUCCCAGCAUAGCACCGCUCAGUCACCCAGCCAAUAUGCACCAACGGGACCUUCCAGACCGCCGCCACUCCAACAAACAGCAGUUGGGCAACGAUUUUCAAGUAGACAGCACGGCGACAAUGCUGCUCACCCCACCGCACCGGUUAGUCCUGACCAGUUCAAUUCUCCUCCAUCUACCGUCACCUCGACAAUGAAUCCCCCCCAGCAUCUUCCCUUGCCCCCUUCGACCCAUGCUUCCCCUUCACCGGCCACUCCACCUACAGCUCAAGGACCCAUCAAUCCGCGUCCUCGCCCUACACCCACCUUGUCCGACGGCCCUGGGUCUCCCCCGAUUCCCCCUCCUCGUACGUCGUCGAACCAACGGAGCCGCACCUCGUCAAAUAACCCGUCUGCGAACAAUUCCACUGAGCGAGUAAGCAACUCUAAACACUCCAAACGAAAGGGAGACAACGGACGGAACCGCGGAGAUCGAGAACAUACUCGUGAAACAAAUGCGCGUGAGAGAAUGAAAGAUAACGGUGGCCCGGCAACUGCCAAGUCGCGUCGCAAAGGCCCACAUUCACCCGAACGUCCACAAAGAGCUGCAAGCACACGAGAACCCAGAGACCACAUGUCGCCUCCUCCCGCAAUGGAGAGUCGCUCUGAGGCUACAAUGGGCCCAACUUCGAUUCCAGCUGGUAUUCAUAAGCAAGGAAGCUCGGCGAUUGAUCGCAUGGUUGCAACAGAUCCACAGGUGGAUAUUGCACGCGAAAAGGAGCGUCAGGCAGAAGCUCAACCUGACCGAGAACCCGUAUCCGGAUUGGGACUUGUUAGCAGUGAGGGUGUUGAUGAUGGCGGAAGAGGGGCUCGAAGCCGGCAUGACUAUUCAAAUUCCUCAAGGCGAAAAGAGACAACGUUUGGUGACUAUGUCCUCGGUCAAACCAUUGGCGAAGGUGAGUUUGGAAAAGUUAGACUCGGCUGGAAAAAAGACGGUAGCGUGCAAGUUGCGAUCAAGUUGCUGCGAAGGGAGAGUCUCGGAAACAACCCGAGUCGCCUCCCGAAAAUCUAUCGCGAAAUCUCGAUUUUGAAAGAACUCUCACAUCCAAAUAUUGUGCGACUACACGAGAUGGCUGAGACAGACCGACAUAUUGGCAUUGUUUUGGAGUAUGCGUCUGGAGGCGAAUUGUUCGACUACAUCCUCAACCACCGGUAUCUAAAGGACAACCCUGCUCGUCGCCUAUUUGCCCAACUAGUUUCCGGCGUAGGCUAUUUGCACAAGAAGGGAAUUGUUCACCGCGAUCUCAAGCUGGAGAACUUAAUGCUCGAUCGCAACCGGAAUAUCAUCAUCACCGAUUUUGGAUUCGCAAACACGUUCGACCCGUCCGAUGAACUGGGUGAGGAAAUUGAAUAUAAUCUGACCAAUAGGGAGUUCGUGAGGAGGAUGAAACUAGACCGGCCCAAUGCGAAGGGCCUUAGGCGCGGUGAUCUAAUGCAGACUAGCUGUGGCAGCCCCUGCUAUGCGGCUCCAGAGCUGGUCGUUACCGAUUCAUUGUACACUGGGCGUAAAGUUGAUGUCUGGAGCUGUGGGGUUAUACUGUAUGCUAUGCUUGCCGGUUAUCUUCCAUUUGAUGAUGAUCCUGCAAACCCAGAGGGUGAUAACAUUAAUCUGCUCUACAAAUACAUCGUCACUACACCACUCACUUUUCCCGAAUACGUCACACCUCAUGCGCGAGAUUUAUUACGUCGCAUCCUCGUGCCGGAUCCUCGAAAACGGGCCGAUCUCUUCGAAGUCGCACGGCAUAGCUGGCUUUCGGAAUAUGCACAUAUUAUAUCUCAUAUUACGAGUAAUACUACAAAUGUGGCUGAUAUUGCCAAUACCACUGUUCCUGCUGAAGACCAACAAGAAACUCCAUCGCUUGCCCGCAGCGCAUCUGUAAGAGAACCUAAAAGCCACCAUCAUAGCAACGUUCCUCCGAUGGGAGGCUUUAGCCAUCAGGGGGCCAAAAUCUCGCUGGAUGAUGAAAAGGCAAAACAACACAGAGAUGCAAAGAGGAGAACGGUGCAAGUCGAAUACGUGGCACCUCAGUCUCAGACAGCUCGUGGAGACUCAACUGUUGCGUCCUCGUUUAUGGUAACAGCUUCGGCGCCUCCAGUUUCGUCCCACACGCGACCAGAAUCUAGUAGAGAGCCUCCUGGUUCAAGUUCAGGGGGUGUUGCUGCUACCUCUCCACGAUCUAAUCCAUUACCGAAGAAUCCUCCAACCAAUCCCGCGACUACAAACCAAAACACAACAGAACGACUUCAACAAGGUAUGCCUCAAUCACAGUCUGGAAAUCUAGCGCAAUCGGUCUCGGACCUAACUGGUGCAUAUUCUGGUCUUCAAGGUGCGUUGUCGCAAACGAACAGGCCUCGCACUGGCGGGUCCAUGGCUUCUACAGUUACCGGUAGAUAUGAUAGCCGUCUGCCGUCCAGAGGUUCUUAUAGUCAACCUGCAGCCCCUGCAGUCGCAACAACAAAUGUCCAAGGCCGUCUCGCGCAGCCUAAACUUGGUAAAACUUACACCAUGACUCCUCCCAUGACUCAACAUCCCACAGAAAAUUCCCUUGUUCAACAAGUCACAAACCAGGAUUAUGCCGCUGGGCAACAACAGGAGGGCACAGCCAAGGGCCACAAGCGAUCCAGUACUGUUAAUAGCAUUGGGGAGAAAUUAUUCGGCAGGUCUGGAUCGAUAUUUGGUGGUCGAUCAUCUUCAUCUAACCAGGAGCAAAAGCCAACUAAACGCUGCCCACCAACAAGCAUGAAGGAACCGACCGUCUCGGAUGAGCCGCGAGCAUCCAUAGAUUCGCGUCGGUCGAUUUCGUAUCCCUUCCACCGCAAACAGUCUGAUCCUACGAGGGAGAGUAUGGCUAGGCCACGGAGAUUCUCACUCCUGCCUGUUUCGUUCUCCGUGAAGGGAUUUUCCUCUUCUAGCAAGGAGACGUCUCCUACUACCGAGACUUCUAUGGCGCAGAUCAAUGACUUUCUUCGCUCACCGGAGAGUGGAGGUCAAAAGCAGCAACAGAGGCACCUAUCAACCGCCAAAUCUCCUUCACAAUUUCAACACGAAAACCCAGAACAUACCGUCCAUCACCCGGACGAACAAUCCUUUGGCAACACCGACGACCACCUAGACAUGAUAAACUACUCCAAUCAGAUCGACCAGCAGUUUGCAGCCCUUCAUGCUGGCUCCGAACCCCAGGACAAAAGUAACCCGUACGGAUCCCAACACAUAGCCACUGACCACCAUUACCAAAAUGACCAAAACCUCAACUCCGCUUCUUCGCAGCCGCCUGCAGGCCCAUCGACAGGAGGUCAAUACUUCCUAUCAUCACCCGAGUCGCCGAACGCCAGUAACACAGAGCAGUUUAUGCCCAGCUACCCGGAUAGGUAUAUUCCAAAUUAUGACAAUGGUUCCGGACAGUCGAUCCAGGAGGGUGGUUUCCCAUCACAGUCGCAGUCUGGCUCUGGCGGGAGGGGAGGACACAGUGUGCUGCAGAAGAAUAAUCGGCGGUUCGCCGAUGAGUAUGAGAAGAGCCAUGAGCAUCAUUCGGGGAGCUCGGGGGCGGCAAGGAGGGUUAUGGACUUUUUCAGGAGGAGGGGGAAGUAUCGGGCCGGUGAUCAGUGA